AUGAAAGUUCUUUCAUGGAAUGUUAGAGGCUUGGGUAAGCCUGAGAAAAGGAGGAGGAUCAGAAAUCUCUUAAAGGCAAAAGGGGUGGAUAUGGUGUUGAUCCAAGAAACUAAAAAGUCAAGUAUUGAUGAAAGAUUUGUCAGAUCUCUAUGGGCAGAAGAUGCACUGGGGUAUAUGGAGGUGGAUGCAGUAGGGAGUGCAGGGGGUUUGUUAUGUCUAUGGAAACCUCACGUGUUUCAGUUGAAGAAUUGUUGCAGUUCUAGGAAUUUUAUUCUGCUAUCAGGUAUGGUUUAUCACAGUUUUGAUUGUGUUGUUGGUAAUGUCUAUGCCCCUAAUGAUUGUAGAGGUAGAAGUCAACUGUGGAAAGUCCUUUAUAACCUGAAAGCAUCCUUCCCAAAACCUUGGUGUUUAGGGGGGGAUUUUAAUGAAAUUAAAGCUAUUGGAGAAAGGAAAGGCUGUGUGAGAAGAGAUAGGGGGAUGCAGGAGUUCAAUGAAUUUUUAAAUAAUAUUGAAUUGGUUGAUGUUCCUAUGCUUGGUAGGAAAUAUACAUGGAGUAAUUCACAGUCAGGUGCAUGCUGGAGUAGGAUCGAUAGGUUCCUAUUAAAUCCGGAAUGGCUUGUGUGGUUUAAAUUUAAGGUAUGGGGCCUGCCUAGAAUACUGUCUGACCACUGCCCAAUUUUAUUGAAGGAAGAUGAUAGGGAUUGGGGUCCCAAACCAUUCAAAUUCUUAAAUGCCUGGGUGCUACAUCCCAGCUUUCUUAAAGAAGUUGAAAAGGUUUGGGUUGGUACACAAGUGGAAGGGUGGGCUGGAUUCAGAAUUAUGGUGAAAUUGAGAACACUUAAACAAGCUCUAAAGAUUUGGAAUGUGGAGGUAUUCGGACACGUGGAGUCCAAGCUCAAAGAAGCUGAGGCUGAGCUACACUCGUGGGAUCUAAUAGCUGAAGAGAGAGAUCUUGUAGAAGUUGAAGUUAGACAAAAAACUGAGAUCAGAGAUGAAGUGUGGAAGCUUAGAAAAAGGCUAGAGUGGCUAUGGCUGCAGAAAUCCAGACUGAAUUGGUCCUUAAAAGGGGACAAAAACACCAGAUAUUUCCAUAUUAUGGCAUCGAGAAGGCAUAGUAAGAACGUCCUUGAUUCACUGAAGAUUAAUGGUACCCUAUAUGAGGAUCCUGCGGAGUUGAAACAAGCAGUGGCAUCAAAACCAGAUUCAAUCUUGUUUGGUGAAGGAGUUCUCAAGAACAGAGGUUUGGGCAGCAAUCAAGGAAUGCGAUGGCAAACUCAUAACAAUAGUAACAAUUAG